GAACUGAUGAUUGAAAUAUGGAUUUUUAAUCUUGUGUAUUUUUCCGAUUUGUAGGCUAAAUUAAUAAUACCAUGAAGGUAGUGAAUAGCUGAACUAUUCUUAGAAAAUACACAGCAGAAAACACUGGCUCAUAACAAAUCAACUAAAAAGAGCCCCAUAUAGCAUGUAACUGCUUGAGAGGACAAACAUAGCAAAGAGAGGACAAACAUUGUAAAGAGAGGACAAACAUCACAUCAAAUCAACAGAAACCAACUAUUAUGGUUGAAACAAGUCGUUUUGCAGACAAUAGCAAGAUAAUUCACCAGCAUCUCCAAGAAGAGUUACAAAAUCAAACAGAGAUGGAGCCAAAGGAAAAUAAAUCACUCUGCUCUGAAGAUAGUAGGCUCUGUGAGAUGGCAUUCUGGGUGAAAUAUAGCCUCUUCAUCAUCAACUUUUUUGUAUGGGUAGGGGGCAUUAUACUGGUGUGUAUAGGAAUAUGGGCUCGUAUGGAAAAACAAGGCUUGGGGAAUUUAGACAACUUGGCAACAGACCCAGCUAUAUUCCUCCUUGCUAUAGGAGGUAUUAUGGUCAUCACCAGCAUAUUUGGCUGUGUUGGGUCUUUGAGAGAAAAUAUAUGUAUGUUAAAGAUAUUUUGUGCAGUGAUUGCUAUAGUGUUCACACUGGAGAUUGCGUCUGGAAUAAUUGCAUACUUGUUCCUGGAUGAAGUGAAAGAUCACUUGCUACAUUUGACUGAGCGAUCCAUAAGAAACUACCAAGAUGAUGCUGAUUUGCAUGACCUCAUAAACUACGUUCAGAGACAUUAUAGUUGCUGUGGCGCCACAAGCUAUGAUGACUGGGAGGUGAAUGCUUAUUUUAACUGUAGUUCCCCUGCACAAUCAAUGUGUGGGGUUCCCCCAUCAUGUUGCCGGAACUAUUUGCCCAUGCCUAACAUACAAUGUGGCUAUGGUAUACGUCUGAAAAAUGACGUUCUCGCUGGUCAUGUUGUAUACACAAGAGGCUGUAUAGAUGAACUGAUGACCACAUUCAAGCAGAAUCUACUGAUAAUCGGUCUCAUUGCAUUUGGUGUGGGCUUCAUUGAGAUAUUUGGUAUUAUUCUUGCACAUUCUCUGAUCCGGAAUAUCAUGGAGAAUCGUGCAAGUUUUGAGCGGCAGCAACUUUCACAAGCAACAUACAUAAGAAGCUCUGCGUGUGAUAAUUAUGACUUUGAUGAUGGUGUUCACUGUUAAAAAGGCUGUCUUAAAGCCCCUGUGUUUGUUUAGAAAGAAGUCGGAUUAUAAUCGCUCAUUUAUGUUACAUAUAUUGUGCAGAGUAAAGAAGACGAGUGAAAAAGCAUAAUUUAAAACAGUGAAAUAACUACAGUAUGCGGAAUGUGAAGAAAGCAUUGAUUGCCCAUUGCCUGGAAAUUGUGAUAUAAGCCUGCCUUGGAGGUUCAAAGCCACUUAAUUACAAUUUUGGUCAGCUAAUAAAUUCAACUAAUAUAGGAUGAUAAUAACUGGUCCAUCAGUUUUUUUUGAUCCAGUAUAAACAGUAUUGAUGG